AUGCAUUCCGUGAGUAGGGGUGUUGAUUGGAUUGUAUUGGUGUCAGAUGACUCAGAUUUCUCGGAGAUGUUGAAGAAGGCAAGAGAAGCGAAUUUGGGGACGGUGGUUGUGGGAGAUCAGGAUAGAUCAUUAGGGAGGCACGUUGAUAAAUGGGUUCCGUGGAUUAGGGUGGAGAAUGAGUUGGAAUUGAAGAGCAAAAUAUGGAGAGAGACAGGAGUUUGGAGGGAGGAUGGAAGCUUUUCCGUUAGUGAGUUCGACGAUGGAUUAACAGAGGAGAAUUUUGACGAGCUUUUCGGGAGAAUGGAGUUAGAUGAUGUGAAGAUUUCAUCCUUUUCAGAAGUUGAUGAGGGAUAUGAGGAAGAUUAUGACUGGAUAGGAGCGAGAUUGUAUCAGCGAGAUAAUGCUAAUGCACAGCUUACAAUUGGGAAUUGUAUUAUUGAUGAUGAGGAUGAGGAUGAGGAGGAGGAGGGGGAUUAUUUAUUGGAUAGUGAAGAUGAAGAGUUGGAAGAUGCGUACUUUUGA